CAAUGAGAUAAACAUAGAUAUUUUCAAUGACGUAGCUGAAUAAAAUUAUUUUAUCCCCCUAUCCAACUUUGUCCAGAUAUUUUCAGCAAUCUCACGCGCUUACGUUAUUCGUCAGUGGUUAAAAAACUCUUGUAAAUUGAAAUGCAGCAGCCUACACAUCUUCGUCAGCUUUUAGAAAGAGCUUACUAUGAAGUUUCAUACGCUUAGACGCGUCGUCCAGCUAAUGGUGGCCGCACAGUGGGAUAUCAACUAGUAUGACACAUCUCCAGCUACCCAGUACAUGAACCGCCUCCCUCUCAGCAACAGACAGUGCCGCCUUGGCCACUUGCAUCCGUACCAUAAUCCUGUAUUUUGGUCAGGCACGAGUAAAUUUUCCUAGCAAUAGCAAAUACCUAGUCGUAAUUUUCAUUGGUUAUCGUCACACAUUUCUUUUACCUUUCUUUUAUCCUUGCGAACGGCCUUUAAGUAGGAGACGCUUCUCACCUGGCAUUUAACGCUGUCCAAAGUGAGCGCCGAAAAGACCACGGCUGGCUGCGCCGUGUUUCUAGUUAUCGAUUCCUGGAGCUCAUGAAUUCUUUCAUGAAGCGUCUUAUCACGUCAUGUCGUUACCUGACGUAGCAGUUCCUAGCACUCCGCCUUCAAGUCCAACGACGGGGGAGAAUAUCGGUCCAAAUAGGACCACCAUCGCUAUCGAAUCCGCGUCCAUACUCUCGAACAGGGACCGAGUAUUGGACGUGAACCAAGUCCAACAGCGUGAAGACCACUCACGCACCAAUUCACUUCCACGUCCACCUACCCGGCGUGGUAGCGACAACAUCAUACCAACAGAUCAUAGCUGCAUACCCGUCAAGCCCCCCAUUUUCGGGUCUACGUCUCAUAAGCAAGGAAUGAACGAAGCUAUGGCGAAGCUUAACCUCAGUCACAAAGAUGACCCUCCGCGCAUCGCGGCCGCUGAAGACCACGACAAGAAGAAAAAGACUGGUCUUCAGACCAUGUUCCGGCUGCCCUUUGAGCGAAAGCUGGCGGAUCCGAUUCAAGGACCGGAAUACCAACGCGUCAACACCACACUCACCUACUAUAGCAAUGACACUCAACCUCAACCUCAAUCUCAAGCCCAAGUCCACAUCCAAGUCCAAAGCUAUGCCCCGGUCCAAGUCCAGGUCCAAUGCCAAACCCAACCUCAGUCCAAUUCCAACUCGCAACCGCAGAACCCGCCAGAAAAGGAGAAACAGCCGUCGCCGCCACCACCACCACCACCACCACCACAUCAACAACACAAACCCAAAGACCAGCCCCCCCUCCCCCCAAUAAGCGAGCUCCCCGAGCUCCUCCAAGAAACCGACUUCGCCUGCCGGCGCGCGAGCAGCCAAGAGCAAUACUGGAGCAGCGAGACGCACCAGGACCUGUGGCAGCGCCUCCUCGUCGCGAAACUCGUGCGCGCGAAGCACGCGCGGCUCGACGCCACACAAAACACCGCGCUGCGGUACGCGCGCCGCCUCGCGGGGGCCGAGCAGCUGGAGACGUGGUACCGGUUACGCACGAUGCGCAAGACACGGGCGGAGAAGGCGCGGGGGAAUAAGAAGGCAAGUGGGAGGAAUAAAAAGAAGAAGAAGAAGGAAAAGAAGGAGAAGAAGACGCGGCAGCAGAGGAAGGAAGAGAAGAGGCGGGUCGCGGAGGAGCUGGAGAGACGGCGGAAGCAGGAGGAGGCGGUCCGAGUCGUGCGGAGGCUUCUCGAGCUCAGGGAGGGCAAGAGGGGCCAGGACUACGGGUUACUGGCGGCGAUGUCUUACGAUGGGGAGAUUCCCAGAUAGGUAGCCGUGCGUACGCAGUAGUCCGUUUUCUGAAUGCUUUUUGGCGAGGUUAUGUUUAUAGCAAGAGAUACCCAGUUCGCCGCUCCCUUGGCAUUAUGACGAAUCGCUUAGGGAGGGUCGCCGCAAUUCAUCAUAUUAGGAAUUUAACUGUUUUUGAUACCC